UGCGCGUGAAGUUCCGUAGCGAGCGGCGGGAUGGCGAGGGUGCUCGGGUCGCCAGGCGGGUCGCGCGUGGCCGUCGCUCUGGUAUUCUUCGCAAUUGUGGUCGCAUGGACCGUCGCUUACUUUGCCACCGCGCACUUCACGCUGCUCACGCCCUCCGCCAUCGCUCUCCUCAGCAGCGGCGGUAGCGGGACGAGCAGCAUCUCAAACGCAGCCUCCUGGGGCGCGUGGUUUCCACGCCUGCAGAUUCGCCAGCCGGCGCAGCAGCAGCAGAAGCAGCAGCAGAAGCAGGAAGAGGAUUCGGUGAAGCAGAAUGAGGGAAAGCAAGCAGCGACAAGUAGCAGAGCGGGGACGGGACCGGCGCAGCAGCAGCAUUCCCAGCAACACACAGAGCAGCAGGCAGGGCAGCAGACGGGGCAGCAGACGGGGCAGCAGACGGGGCAGCAGACGGGGCAGCAGACGGGGCAGCAGACAGAAGGACUUGAGCAAGAAAAGCAGCCGUUAGGGAAGCAGCCAUUCCAAGCCCAAGAGGACAAAUCAUCGGAGCAGCAUGAGCAGGUGGAAACAGCGCAGCAGCAGGUUGCAGACCAGGGGACACGCCCCGCCCCGGAAAGACCAGCGGUGAUGCCAGGAAGCAGUAAAGCAGCUGCUGCUGCUGCUGUUGCUAGCUCGGGUGCUGCUGCUAACUCGGGUGAUGCUGAAUCUCUUGGGUCACUGCAGAAAUCCACCACCGGUAACGGUCCCACUGCUUCCGACAGCAGCGGACCCACUGCGAUCUGUCUCGUGGGAGGGGCUCGCGAUUUUGAGGCCACGUGGCCAUCCAUUGUCCGCCACGUCAUCAGCCGGUACCUGCCAGCUCACCUCUUCGUGCACUCGCCUCUGGACGUGCGCGCCAGCAAGCUGUGGAGCCUGCUGCUCGCCGCUCCUGCUGCCGCCACCAAUGCCACCACCACGGCUCCGAUCAUCGAUGCCAGUGCUGCCAGGGAUGUGACUAUAGCGACGGUUCGCAUCUUCCCCAGUGCGGACAUUGCAGAGACGGACGAGCACCGCGCCGUGCUGACCAGUAAUGGCUCGCCACAUGGCAUCCAGGGUCUGCUGCAGUACUUCCGUCUCGUGGAGGGCUGUCUCGAUUUGAUUGCCGCUCACCAGCAACAGUUCAACCUCUCCUACCGCUGGAUCAUCCGCACACGAGUCGACGGCUACUGGACCGCGCCCCCCCCCCCUCUCUCGUCCCUCCACCCCUCCGCCUACACCAUCCCCUUCGGCUUCGACUGGGGCGGGCUCAACGACCGCCUGGGGAUAGGCACCUGGGAGGCCUCUCAGGUGGCGCUUAGGCGGCUAUCUUCGUUAAAAGACUUGUUUAGUGGUGGGAACCGGACGCUGACGUCGGAGAAGGCGUUUAGGGUGCAGAUGCAGGCGGGGGGAGUGGCGGUGGCGCGCGCACACUUCCACUUCUGUGUGGUCACGAGGCGGCGGUCGAGGGGGGGCGAUGGGUGCGCUGCCCUGAUGUUUUCGACGGCGACGUAUGGCCCGUUGAAUGGGGCCAAGUGCCGGCCCUGCUCCUCCCCGUGUGCCUCAGACGAUAAGGCCGCUACUCUAAUCAACGCUGUGCAUGCAGCAGGCGGCAUGUACCGCCAUCCCUUGCCGCCGCACCUGCAGCUGUGCGAUGCCAACCAGGCGUGGGACGCGGGGUGGGAGCGGCAGUUUGACCGCGACGCAGAGAGGCAGCGUGGGGGGAAGACGCUCAGCUGGCAGCGGCGCAACAUCGCCCGUGUUGCCGCUAGCCUCAAGCACUGCACUCAACAGUUUGAAAAGCUGAAGGCCAUGACAGUGGCGUGGGACUCGCCUCUCCCUGUGGCUGUGUGCAUGCGGGCUCAACUGGGGGAGGCAGAGCUGAUGGGCGGCAAGACGGGCGAGUUCAACACCUUCUCUGCGCUGCUCGAUAGCCAAAGCACGUUCAUAUCGGUGACGAACAGCAAGGCCAGCCAGAGCUGGGAGCGGCACCUCUUCAGGCGCUUUGGCAAGGUGCGGAUCGGAUUCCGAAAUGCUGAGUGGCUGGCGUCCGCUGAAUCCACCAACGCUAGCGCUACAAGAACCCGACCCUUCAGUGCUGUCAGGGUUGAAAUGGUUGUCAUGAAGGAAUAUUCCUCUGGGGAUUGGCUUCGCAAUCUCGGCAGUAUCAAGACGUGUCAGCUGCUCAUUGGGUUCUCAGGGAGGGAACGAAAGGCUUUAACACGAGACAAGGUGACAAAGACGUUAUCGGAGCCGUAUUACUUCCAAUUAGACUCGUGCAAGCGGACAGUGUCCUUACAAGGCGAGAGGUGCACCUACUUCUCUUUACGCUAUUGCAUUAAAAAUUCGUUGUACAAUUCUGCAAAUAGUGGAUAGCUUACUCACCUCUUGAAUUCGU